GCCGAGGCCCGGCCCCGGGUGUGGGGGCAGCAGGCCGGGCUGUCAGCGGCGGGGCAGAGCUGCUGGGUGCCGUGCACGGAGAGAGAAGCUUUGCUUAUGGCUCUGGCAGGGAAGAUUUUCUCCUCCUUAACUAGGAAAGUUUGCUUCUGGUUAGCCAUGCUCCAUCUCUUGCCUGCACCCAGAGUCCGGCUUUUGGGCUGUGGAUGGGCUCUGCUUUGACACAGCCCAUAUCUGUCACACCGCAGUAGUAUCCCGUGUUCCGGGUUCAGGCUCCCCGUGCUCUUAUCCCUCCGCUGAGGCAAUGAGCACCUCAGCAUCUAGCCGGGUGGGGAAGCCCCGAUGCUGGGAUAAUAGCUGCUGCCAUGCUGCAAAGAGCGUUCAGGGCCUUGUGUGGCCCCAGUGUCUGUGUGGGAGGCUGGCUCCCAAUGCUGAGCUGAGCCCCUUGUCACGCUCCCCAGCGUGACUGCUGUCUGCUAAGCCCCUUCACACCAAGCCCGCAUGUGGCCCAGGAGGGUGUUGUGGCUGUUGCUGGGAUGCUGCGUUAGCCCUCUGCCUUCCUGCUGACAGGUGCUCGGCGAGGGCUGAGCUGUCCAGCGCCGUCUGUGUGAGCAGGAGACAAGCCUGUUAAUGCCGUCACGGUGCUGAAAAGCCUUCAGAGAGAAUCAGCUGUCAGAAAUACCUGUUGUAACGUGCUUUAUGACAUUUAGCAGCACCACUCAAUUUUAACAAAUGAGCCUAUGAAAGAUUUGGCUUUUUUUUUUUCCUUCCUUCCUUUCUUUUUUUUUUUUUAAGUAUAAGAAAUUGUCCACAUCUGUUAACUUUAUCUGAAGAGAAGGGAGGCCUCGUUGAAGAUGAAUUGGAUAUCUCAUCUCACUGCUGUUUGUUCUUUGUUGUGCACUUCAAGUUAUGUCAUUAGUCUUGUGCUGAUAGGCAAGCAGGUUGAUGGUUGGAGGCUCCUAGUGUGCUGCUGUCAUUCACUGUGUGCUGUCCCACCACGGAGCCCCUGCCCAGCAACCAUAAGCUGCCAAGCAGGAGGUCUAUGCUUUGAGUUUUAAUGCUGCUUAAAUCUUCAGGUCUCCUGCCAUCAUGUUCUGCAUAGCCCUAUUCAUUCCCAGGGCAUGUCUUUGGUUUCUGGGGAUGGCUGCCAGCUCUCAGCAUUGGUGGAUCAUGUCUGCCAGCUCUAUGGCUACCAGGGCCCAGCUUGCUUCGAUGAUUGUCAUACUCAUACCUGAAAAACUCUUUAGAAGUAGGUGGAAGACCACCUUCUGGAGAGCAGGACAGAAUGGUUUAAGUAGCAUAACAAGGGAAUAAGACAAAACUUCCUGUUCAGGAUAAAUUUUUUAAUAGAUGUGAUACUGAGGGACAUGACUUAGUGGACAUGGUGGUGAUGGGUUGAUGGUUGGACUAGAUGAUGUCUUUUCUGGCCUUCAUGAUGCCCUGAGCUGUCAUUCUGCACUCUGUUCUGUCAUUCACAUGAGGAACAGGAAUUUUCCCCAAAGUCCUAGUGUUUUUUCCAGAUAGGAUCUUACUCACAGACAGAUUAAGCCUCCCACUUAUUGAGUCCUGUUCUUUGGUUCAUGGUUGUGUAUGUGUUCCCUAUUGUGCUUCUGUACAUGCUUUGGGAAAACAGGCACCUGACUGCUCUGAGGGCAGGUUUUGCCAAUGUGGAUUGAGGGCAGGUAGCCAAAGAUGGAAGAACAGAGGAGUACAUGGAGAGAAGAGCAGAGGAUCUGGCUGCAGGCCCUGUGGGUGCUGACUGCUGUCGUUUUCCAAGUCGGAUUGCACUGGAGCUGCUCUCCCAUUGACAUUCAACACAACUUCAUGGAACUACAGUACAUAAAUUGCUGAAAGCAAUAGAGAUCCUUACAGACUGACGUGUAUCUGUCAUCAUUAUGAAAAUGGUUGGCCUAGCAGGGAUACUCUGACUGUCAGAGGUCUGGUUCUGCUGGCUUUAUGUAGAGCAGGUGUAAUGGGUUAGAUGGGAGGAUCUGUCCCAGACCAUUUGUCAUGUCUUUGAAGAGCCAGCAUAUCUAAAAGCAAAUGUGGUGAGUUCUGGUGUCUUGAAAAGAAGAUAGCUGAUGUUGUAAGCAUACUUCAAAAUGAGGACCUUUGGGAGCUGAUGGUUUGGGGAAAUUUGGCAGUAGUGUAACGGUAUGGUGAGAUUCUCCCAUCUGUUUUCAGCUGCUUGCCUUGCCUGCACAGGUGUUUGGUGUACCCUGGAGAUGUUUCAUUUCUGUCAGCUCCAGCAAGAACUCUUCUUGGAAGCAUUUGCAUUGCUGGAAGGCAACAGCUAGUUGGAAAAGCAGUCAGCACCUGUAGCAGGAGUGAGGGUGUGGCAGAUGGAUGUGUUGGAAGAAUGUCAAAAGCUUCUGUUAUUUAAGUUUUGUGGGUAUGAAAAGGCAAAAUACUGGUAUACAGCCAAAAAAAUAAUACAAAUUUUGCUCAGAAGCGUUAACUAGCAUGAUUUUAUCAUCUUAGCUGGGAAUGAGGGCCCCUAUUCUCUGACAGUUCAUUCAAGUGGCGCUGCAGAAAUGUGAUCACACACCGUGCAGGUGUUUUGCUUUUGUUAUUUUUGCAUAUGUGCAAAUCUCCCAAGACUGUGGUGAGAAUCUCACUGUAUAAAGUAUUUGAUUUAAAUCCUAUUUGGUGAAGCGUUCUGAACUUGCAUUAUCGAUGUUCUCAAAAGGAAGAGUUCACUUACUGUUGCGAGGAAACCCCUCCUGCUGGGUGUGUGAGUAAUAGGUAGCAUCAUGGAAAUCAAAACUUUCCAGUUGAUACUUUACUGGCAACAAAAGUGACAAAACAAAAAGAAACAUUACUGCCUUUAAAUAGAGCUUUGGGUUAAGCUUAGCGUUCUGGCUCAGUAGCAUCUGGCCUGCAGUUCUUGUAGGCUGGGCUGGAGAGGAGUGUGUUAUGUGUCCUGAGUUGACACAGGAUAGCUAUGAAUACUGUUAACGCUGAUUUGCUGACUGGCCACCCUGGGGAGGGCAGCUUUCCUCACUUUACCUUCUUGUGCAGUGAUCAACCACCUCAUAAAUUUAAAUGGGGGAAAGGAACGACACUCAAAAACCCGGGAGGUUUGCUGGUUUGGCCCUGGGCAGCCUGAUCUGGAAGCAACAACCUUAUAUGGCUCAUGUCUGACAACAUGCACCACCAGUGGCUGCUUCUAGCUGCAUGCUUUUGGGUGAUAUUCAUGUUCAUGGUUGCCAGCAAGUUUAUCACACUGACUUUUAAAGAUCCAGAUGGCUACGGUGCCAAACAAGAGCCAUUGAUACUGACAGCUGUGACAAAAGUGGAGGAGGCACAUGUGCCAGAGGAAAAACAUUGGACUAAAGAAUUCCAGCCAACUGGAAAAGCUUUUACUGGAAAUCUGCUACACCAUCCCCUCGUUCAUAUGGAAAGACUUGAGCUUCUCCGGAAUGUCUGCAGAGACACUGCAUUGAGAAAUCUCUCUCACACUGCAGUUUCCAAAUUCGUCUUGGACCGAAUAUUUGUGUGUGACAAGCACAAGAUCCUGUUUUGUCAGACUCCGAAAGUGGGCAACACUCAGUGGAAAAAAGUCUUGAUCGUUUUAAAUGGAGCAUAUUCUUCCAUAGAUGAGAUCCCCGAAAGCAUUGUACAUGAUCAUGAGAAGAAUGGCCUUCCACGCCUGUCCUCCUUCAGUGACUCUGAAAUUAAAAAGCGACUGAAUUUAUACUUCAAGUUUUUUAUUGUUAGAGAUCCAUUUGAAAGACUUAUUUCUGCAUUUAAAGACAAGUUUGUGCACAAUCCUCGCUUCGAGCCUUGGUACCGACACGAAAUUGCUCCCAGCAUCAUUCGUAAAUACAGAAGGAAUCGCAUGGAGACCAAAGGGCUGCAGUUUGAGGACUUUGUGCGCUACCUGGGCGACCCCAACCACCGAUGGCUGGAUGUCCAGUUUGGUGAUCACAUCAUUCACUGGGUAACCUAUGUGGAACUCUGCGCCCCCUGCGAAAUCACGUACAGUGUGAUUGGACACCACGAAACCCUGGAGGACGAUGCUCCCUACAUUUUGAAAGCAGCCGGCAUAGACCGUCUGGUAUCAUACCCCACGAUUCCACCAGGCAUAACAGUGUACAACAAAACAAAAGUAGAGAGGUAUUUUUCAGGAAUCAGCAAGAGAGACAUAAGACGCCUCUAUGCUCGGUUUGAAGGUGAUUUUAAACUCUUUGGGUAUCGGGUGCCAGAUUUCUUGCUUAACUGACACUCGGGAUAAGCUCUGGAGAAGUAUCUUAACUGAAACCUGUGUGAAUACCAGCUGCAGCUCUGACAGAGAUGAGGAUGACCUUUUGUUUUCUAGCUUUUUGAUGUUGCUCCAUUCUUCCACGAAAUACGUGUCGUAUGAAGAGUUAGGGGCUUAUAGUUGUCGCUUACUGACCGUAUGUUCAAUACGUGACAUUGCAAUCCGUUAGGAAUGAAGUCAGUUACCUAAAACACGGGAUUCCACUUCUCCCACUUCCCUCCAGGAAAAAAAAGAAAAAAGAAAAAGGAAGAACAAAUGGGCAGUAGUCUUCCUCCUCCUUCUCCCAGGCAGAAUGCAAUUUCAAAAUGUUGUGAAGUAUUUAUAAAGAUGGCAGUUUCACUGCAGGUUAACGCUGACGUGUGCGUGAGCUCGAUGAUUCAUGCUCAUGAGAAGGGCACGCAGUCUCCCAUGAGCUUUGAAAAUUAGAGGCCAGCACAGGACUAAAAGAUUGAUUGAAUGCUUUACGAGUAAAAUCAUCUAGUUUCUGUCAUGUGGCUGCUAUAAUAAUAGUAAUGCUGAUCUAAUCCCAUUUUUGUUUGUCACAAAAUGAACCUAAUUAGACAGAAGCUUUAGAAUUGUUCAAAAAGGGGCUGGUUCUAAAGCCCAGUUAUCUUUGUACUCUUGUCAAGUGUUUACUGUACUUACUACUGGUCUAUUGAGCCUCAUCAUUCUACCUUUGAUUUUCAAGGUAUUUUUUAACUCCUGGCUAUGUAAAGUUAUCUGAGAACGCCAGAAUCAAAUGGAGCAUACAAGAAACAUGAAACUGUUAGGGGAAGUUUAAGGAAAAUUAAUUUAAAAUAAAGAAUUAGUUCUAUCUGUGGGAGUACAUACAGAAAUCAAAGAUGCCACACAUUUUGUUUUGUCUUCUAACAGUCAAGAUUAAUAAAGAAGCCACAGAAGCAGGUUGACCUAUGGAAGAGCUGCUAGAGUUACUUGGAUUAAUGGUCUUCCUUUGUCUUAUAUCCUGUCUUGCUCAGCGUUCAGUACCUUGCGGAACAGAACGUUCCUUUCCCUCUGAAAAUCCAUCCCCCUACUGCUGAAGUAGGCAGUAUUUGGAUCUUACUGUUUUCAGUGAUUCGCUGCUAUGGUGCCCUGAGUUUAAAAAGCCCAACAUUUAUGUAACCAACAGGUGAGGUGGCAGCUUGCCGGGAGUUUGGAGUUUGGAUUUCACUUACAUUUCUGUACAUGCUUUGUGUGUCAAAAAAAAAAAACAACCCAGAAAACCAGAACUGAAUGAAUGCAGCCAUAAUAAUUGCCUGUGCUUGCAUUCUGCCCGACAAGGAGAUGUCUCAUGUUUGAGCUCACCAGCAAUAAGCAUCAGCAUGCUGCUGCCUCCUCCUGCAGUCUGUGGGAGAGAGACCACAAACCCAGACUGCAGCCGUCGGUCUGUCCAAAGUGAGCAUGCAACCUGUGCUCUAAAAUCCCGAUCCUAAAGGAUUACUUUUCAGAUCAGCGUAACGUUGCUGGCUGGAAAUGCUGCUGGCUGUCAGUGCUACGGAAUCUGCUUUUUCAAUGCAGCCCCAGCAUGUUUUCCAUAGCUCCUCUAUCAGCGCGAGGAAGCAUCUUGCACUUGUGGAAAAGGAAAGCUGUGCCAAGCUGAUGUGGGCUGCCGUCUGCAGAAAGGAAGCCCUGUUGUAGCUGGAUGUGGUUUCAGAAAGAUCCCAGCAGUCUCAGUGAAAUGAGGGAGGAUCGCUGACUGAGCAUCAUGAGAAGAGAAUAGUCCCAGGUGGCAAAUCUCCAAAGGUGGGAUUGUUAUUAUCAUGAUUUUGAGCAAAAGCAGUGGUUACAGUGCCCUAACUUGUUAGUUCCUAACAAACGAUAAGAAGAUGUUAACAGCUCCAGGUUUCUCUGUUUCUCUUAAUAUGGGGGCUUAGCAAAAUGUCUUGUUAAACACAUUUUGGAGCUAAUGAGCUGAUCGAUUACCUCUCUGCCGAUCUAAAAUGUAACAGUGUGAAUAAUGUAUAGUGAAUUCAGGCCUUAAAAGUUUAAUUCUAAUAAAGAUAAAAGUAGAAUUGUUUUCCACUGAAA